CUCUCUUCACUCCACAGGCAUUUCCUCACAAAAGUGAUCUCUAAGCAAAAGUACGCAUCCAAGAGAAUGGCAAGCAGCCACCUUGUAGUCCUCUUCUCACUCCUCCUCCCUUUGGCCUUCCCUUCCACAGCUGCUUCUGGAGAUGUCCCAUCAAAAACACCAGAGAACAAAACCGAAGUGGUGGUGGAAGGCAUUGUCUACUGCCAGAGCUGCGACCACGUAGGAACAGGGUCUUUGACGGGGGCCAAGCCCAUCCCUGCGGCUAAAGUAGGUGUCAUCUGCAAUGACCACAAAAAAAGAGUUAGCUUCUACAAGGCGUUUGAAGCAAACGCAAAUGGCUACUUCUAUGCGCCACUGGAGGGAUUCAAGAUGAGUAACUCUAUAUUGGAGCAUCCCCUCCAAGCGUGCCAUGUGAAACUCCUUUCGUCUCCUCUUGCAAACUGCAGCAUCCCCACCAAUGUUAAUUAUGGACUCUACGGCUCUCCUCUUCGUUAUGAAGACAAGAAAUUCGUUGGAAAAAACUAUGUGGCCGUGAUCUAUGCUGCAGGCCCCUUCGCUUUCCGUCCAGCUUAUUGCCCUAUCCAACCACACAACUAAGAUUGCUAACAAUUGUCGUUGGCCCCUGAGUAAUCCAUCUUUUUUUUUUUCUUUUUUUUGUUAAGUAAGAAGCAGGGAACCCGGCCAGUCUGCACGCUGGGUUGAAUUUCAAUUAAUCCAUCUUUGUAUUAAGUGUUGAUCAGUUUGGAUAGGAAUUGAUAUGUUGGCAAUUUGUGCUAUUUGAUUGAAUAAA